UUACUUUUUUUUUAUUAGUUUUAUCAUUUUUAUUAUUUUUAUUAAUAAUAUCAAAAUUUACAUUAGUCUUUUACGUUUCACGAGAAUUACUACACGCCUCUACGAUGAUGUUAAUGUGUCUGUCAAAAAUUACUCCAAAUUUAAAGAAGUUACCAAAAAUUUCCGAGCAAAGUGUGAGGUACCUAACAACUCAAGCACCAGUCAACGCAGUAAAAGUUAAAAAAUCAGAAGAUGGACAACCCACCAAUAAGGAAUCACAAUCUUUUACCAUGAAUGUAUUCCGUGGUCAUUUACAAAUCAGUCAAGUUUUUCCAUAUCCUGAAGUAUUGAAUGACGAACAAGAAGAAACGUUGAAAAUGUUGAUUGAUCCAUUAGAAAAGUUUUAUAAAGAAGUAAAUGAUCCUUCAAAAAAUGAUGAGAAUGCUUUUAUUGACGAUAAAACUAUGCAAGCUCUUUGGGAUCUAGGUGCAUUCAGUAUUCAAGUGCCUCAAGAGUUUGGUGGUCUUGGCCUAAACAAUACUCAAUAUGCCAGAUUAGUUGAAGUUGUUGGUCAGCAUGACUUGGGGGUUGGCAUUACCUUAGGCGCUCAUCAAAGCAUUGGUUUUAAGGGUAUACUUUUAUUUGGAACUUCAGAGCAAAAAAAAAAAUACCUUCCCAUGGUUAGCAACGGUAGUAUAGCUGCUUUUUGUCUUACUGAACCAAGCUGUGGCUCAGAUGCAAGUGCAGUUCGUUCUAAAGCUAUUAAGUCAGUUGAUGGCUCUUACUACGUACUAAACGGCAGUAAAAUUUGGAUUUCAAAUGGAGGAAUCGCAGAAAUAUUAACAGUGUUUGCUCAGGUUCCUACUAAAAAUUCCGCAACCGGUAAAGUUGAAGAUAAGGUGACUGGAUUUAUUGUGGAAAGAGCUUUUGGUGGAAUUACAAGUGGACCACCAGAAAAAAAAAUGGGUAUAAAAUGUAGUAAUACAACAGAAGUUUAUUUUGAAGAUGUAAAAAUUCCAGCAAAUAAUGUCUUGGGUGGCGAAGGUCAGGGUUUCAAGGUUGCAAUGCAAAUUCUUAACAACGGAAGAUUUGGUAUGGCAGCAUGUCUAUCGGGCACUAUGCAAACUUGCAUAAAAAAAGCAGUUGAUCAUGCUACGCAAAGAGUACAGUUUGGUAAAACUAUACAUAACUAUGGAGCAAUACAAGAAAAAAUAGCACGUAUGUCGAUGUUGCAGUACAUAACUCAAUCCUUAGCUUAUAUGAUAUCUAGUAACAUGGAUAUGGGAAGCCAAGAAUAUCACCUAGAAGCAGCUAUUUCCAAAGUAUUCGCUUCAGAAGCUGCUUGGUGGGUUUGUGAUGAAGCUAUUCAAAUUCUUGGAGGAAUGGGAUACAUGCAGGCAACAGGCCUUGAAAGAAUUUUACGUGAUCUAAGAAUAUUUAGAAUUUUUGAAGGGACGAAUGAUAUUCUCCGACUGUUCGUUGCCUUAACCGGCAUUCAAUAUGCAGGAAGUCAUUUGAAAGAGUUACAAAAAGCUUUUAAAAAUCCUACUGCUAAUUUGAGUUUAAUAGCUGAAGAAGUUUCUCGGAGGGCAACCAGAGUUAUUGGACUGAGCUCACCAAGCUUGUCUCAUGUUGUCCAUGAAAGUCUUGGAGAAUCGGCUGCUAUUUGUUCUAAGAGCAUCGAGUCCUUCGGCUCAGUGAUUGAAUCAGUACUUGCUAAAUACGGUAAGAAAAUAAUUGAUGAACAAUUUAUACUUAAUAGACUUGCGCAAGCCGCAAUUGAUACGUACACGAUGUCUGUGGUUCUUAGUCGCGCCAGUUUAUCAAAAAAAAGAAAACUUCCUAGUGCUGAACAUGAAAUUUUAAUCGCUCGAGUAUGGUGUGCAGAGGCUUCCAGUCGUGUUGCUUACAAUCUUAAGGCUGUUGCUGCAUCCAAAAACUUAGAUAUUUUUAACCAAUUAAAUCAAAUAUCAAGAAACGUUUGUGAUGCUGGUAACGUGGUUCAAAAAAGUCCUGUGGAUCUUUGAUAUGUAUACUAUUAAUAAAAGAUAAAACCUU